AAUAGUACUAUAUCUACUACUUACUUUCUACACAUAUUCAACAAAAAGUCAUUCUCCCAAAAAAGAAAAAGAAAUGGCUUGCAUUGCUCCUUCAGAGUCGAUGAAUAAUUGCGAGGCUGAUCAGGCACUCACUAAAAAUCUUCAACCAGUUAUCAACUUUUCUUCCAUAUUGGAAGAUGAAGAAACUGAUCAAUACACUGAUAAUGUGCAUGAGAAUUCUUAUAUUCUUGGGAUCAAAGAGUAUAUAGCAAAUAGUAGGAAUCUUCACUUAUCUAAAGUCAUUUCCAGAGAGAAAAGAGCAGCUGUUUUGAUAUGCCUCUUUGAAGGCCUUGAAGGUGAACUUCGUGUAAUUCUCACCAAAAGAUCCAUGAAACUUUCUACUCAUCCAGGAGAGGUAGCCUUGCCUGGUGGAAAGAUGGAUGAAGAAGAUUUAGAUGAUUCUGCUACUGCUCUGAGAGAAGCAACAGAGGAGAUUGGUUUGAAAUCCAGUCUUGUUCAAGUUAUUACUAACCUUGAACCAUUCAUAUCGUUGCAUCUACUUACAGUUGUACCAGUAGUGGGGCUAUUGUCUAGAGUAGAAGAAUUCAAGCCCUUACUUAAUGCCGACGAAGUUGAUGCUAUUUUUGAUGUACCCUUGGAUAUGUUUCUUAAGGAAGAGAAUCACAAAUGUGUGGAAAAGGAGUGGGGAAGAUUGAAAUAUGUAUGUCACAUAUUUGAAUAUGAGUCGCCUAAGCAAGGAAUUUUCCACAUAGGGGGAUUGACAGCAAGCAUUUUGAUUCAUGCUGCAUCUGUCAUUUAUCAAGAGCCUCCUUCUUUUUCUGAAUAUCUUCCUGAUUUUAGUCAAUUACAAUUUACCCUGAACAUGAAGAGCAGCUGCUAGUUUUGGGCGAAGACCGAUUCAGAAUUUAAGCUCUACAUGUUCAACGGUUGGGUUCAGAUGAUCCUUGAUAUUCGUAUGCUACAUCUGCCUCUGACUUUGGGUGCACUGUUUUUUUUUUUUUUUUAAUUUCUUCUGAAAAAACUUUUAUAGAUCAUGAAUAAGUCAUCAACAGCAAAGUUGAUGAUGAGAUUAUGAACUUAGCUAAAAGAAGAAAGGAUCACAUGGUCCGAGGAGACAAAAUCAUUGGCCUCUAUCUCUUUGUUAUAUAUUAAACUUAGAUUCU